UUCAUACUGUCAACACCUCGUCGAACGUCAACGAUGGCUCGUACCAAGCAAACCGCUCGGAAGUCAACUGGUGGCAAGGCCCCGCGCAAGCAACUGGCAACCAAAGCCGCUCGUAAGAGUGCGCCAGCCACGGGAGGAGUGAAGAAGCCCCAUCGGUUCCGGCCGGGAACGGUGGCCCUGCGGGAGAUUCGCCGCUACCAGAAGUCUACGGAUCUGCUGCUGCGCAAGGCGCCCUUCCAGCGUCUGGUGCGUGAGGUGGCCCAGGACUACAAGACGGAUCUUCGCUUCCAGAGCUCGUCGGUGAUGGCACUGCAGGAGGCUUGCGAGGCGUACCUGGUCGGGCUGUUCGAGGACACUAAUCUGUGCGCGAUUCAUGCCAAGCGAGUCACGAUCAUGCCGAAGGACAUCCAGCUGGCUCGGCGCGUUCGUGGAGAACGUGAUUGAGCUGUGUACAUGCCGUAGAACAAACAAAUCGGCCCUUUUCAGGGCCACUAAAUAAUCACGAAAGAGUUGUUUCUCGAACCUAGUUCCAGCUAUCGAAUAUGAGUUCUUAACAAUAGAAACUCCAGAAAUUUAACUAGAUUAAUUUGUAAGUACCUUUAAUCGAUUGACAGCUACA